GCGCCGCCCGGCGCCAGGGAGGCCGACAGGAUCGCGGCGCUGCCCGGCCAGCCGCCGCGCGUCAACUUCGACCAGUACUCCGGUUACGUCACGGUGAGCGAGCAGCACGGCCGCGCGCUCUUCUACUACUUCGUGGAGGCCGCGUACGAGGCCUCCUCCAAGCCGCUCGUCCUCUGGCUCACCGGCGGGCCUGGGUGCUCCUCGCUGGGGGCCGGCGCCAUGCAAGAGCUCGGCCCGUUCCGCGUGAACCCCGACGGCAAGACCCUGAGCAGAAACAGACACGCCUGGAACAAUGUGGCAAAUGUGAUCUUCCUGGAGUCGCCGGCCGGCGUGGGGUUCUCGUACUCGAACACGUCGUCGGAGAACCACGAGAGCGGGGACACGAGGACCGCCGUGGACGCCUACAUCUUCCUGCUCAACUGGCUGGAGAGGUUCCCGGAGUACAAGGGCCGGGACUUCUACAUCGCUGGCGAGAGCUACGGCGGCCACUACGUCCCCCAGCUCGCCACCGUCAUCGUCGCCCUCCGCAACCUCGGCGCCACAAGCAUGAACCUCAAGGGGAUCUUCGUUGGCAACCCGUACCUUGAUGACUACAAGAACACGAGGGGACGGUACGAGUUCUUGUGGAACCACGGCGUGAUGUCGGACGAGGUGUGGGGCAACAUCAGCGCGCACUGCAGCUUCGGGCGGUUGGAGGGCAAAGCGUGCGGCCAAGCCAAGGCGUCCUUCAGAACCGGCGACAUUGAUCGUUACAACAUCUACGCUCCCGUCUGCAUCAGGUCGCGAGACAGGAGCCUCCACUCCAGUGGCUACGUACCAGGCUAUGAUCCGUGCAUCGGGUACUAUGUGGACGCCUACUUCAACAAUCCUGAGGUGCAGAAGGCAAUGCAUGCUCGAACCAACACUGACUGGUCAGAAUGCGCUAACUUAAUUUGGACCGAUGCCCCAAUUUCCAUGGUGCCAACCAUUGAUUGGCUUGUCAACAACGGAUUAAGAGUCUGGCUGUACAGUGGUGACAUGGAUGAUGUCUGCCCGAUUACCGCGACGAGGUACUCUGUCAAGGAUCUCAAUCUGACAAUCACAAACCCCUGGCGUCCAUGGUACACCCCAGACAGUGAGGUUGGAGGCUACGCUCAGCAAUACAAGGGAGGAUUCACAUUUGCGUCAGUGAGAGGAGCUGGCCAUAUGGUUCCUAGCUUCCAGCCUAAAAGAUCACUUGUUCUUUUCUACUCCUUCAUGAAAGGCGUUCUGCCACCUGCGGUCCCAGAAUUGAACGCCUGA